UUUUUUUUUUUUUCAAUUUUUUAUUUUCUCUUCAAUUUUAGAUCUCGAGGCUAUAUCCUUUUUCCCUUCGUGUAUCUUUUAUACUCUCCUAUAGACUUUCUUUUUUAUAUUUUGCUUCAAUGGAACCCGUGGAGCGGAAGCCGGAGAUUGGCUUCCAGAGCUAUCGCAAGAUGCCUCUUACACAGCAGCGCGACCCCCAGCGGUUGAGACCAACUCCUCAGGAUGAGCUUCACGAUCUCCUCUGUGUGGGGUUUGGACCUGCGUCACUAGCAAUUGCAAUUGCGUUGCACGAUUCCCUGGAUCCGCGUCUGAACAGCUCUGCCCCGACUUCCGACUGGCAGCCCAAGGUUUGCUUCGUGGAGCGCCAGAAACAGUUCGCAUGGCACUCUGGCAUGCUGGUUCCUGGUGCGAAAAUGCAGAUUUCGUUCAUUAAAGAUCUAGCGACCCUCCGUGACCCCCGGAGUAGCUUCACCUUCCUCAAUUACCUUCACCGGAAGGACCGCCUGAUCCACUUCACCAAUCUGGGCACCUUCCUCCCGGCUCGGUUGGAGUUUGAAGACUACAUGCGGUGGUGUGCACAGCAAUUCUCCGAUAUCGUGUCCUAUGGAGAGGAGGUCAUCGAGGUGGUCCCGGGGAAGAUGGACCAGAGCAACUCGGUGGUGGACUACUUCACCGUGCGAUCCCGAAAUGUGGAAACCGGCGAGGUCACCUCCCGAAAUGCGCGCAAGGUCGUGGUGGCAAUUGGAGGAACCGCGAAACUCCCAGCAGAGCUACCUCAGGACCCCCGAAUCAUGCAUUCCUCCAAGUACUGCACGACUCUACCGGCCUUGCUCAAGGAUACUCAGGAACCCUACAACAUUGCCGUCCUGGGAAGCGGCCAGAGUGCCGCUGAGAUCUUCCAGAACCUCCAGAAACGCUACCCUAACUCACGAACCACUCUUAUUAUGAGGGAUACCGCUAUGCGACCUAGCGAUGACUCUCCUUUCGUGAAUGAGCUCUUCAACCCUGAGCGAGUCGACAAGUUCUACGGGAUGUCUACCGAGGAACGACAGCGUUCCCUCAAGGCUGACAAAGCUACGAACUACAGCGUUGUCCGACUCGAACUGAUCGAGGAAAUCUUCAACGAUAUGUAUCUCCAGCGCGUCAAGAACCCUGACGAGACCCAAUGGCAGCACCGUAUCCUCCCCGGCCGCAAGAUCACCCGCAUCGAACAUCAUGGACCCAAGAGCCGAAUGCGGGUUCAUGUCAAGGCCGUGAAGGAGGGCAAUGACAGCAUUGUCGGCGACGGCAAGGAGGUUCUGGAGGUGGAUGCGCUCAUGGUGGCGACAGGCUACUUCCGCAACGCCCACGAGCAGCUUCUCAGCCAGGUGCAGCACCUGCGACCGGCGGGGCAGGAUCGGUGGACCCCGACCCGAACCUACCAGGUUGAAAUGGACCGGAGCAAGGUCAGCUCGGAGGCCGGAAUCUGGUUGCAAGGUUGCAAUGAGCAGACACAUGGACUAAGCGACAGUCUACUUUCCGUUUUGGCCGCGCGAGGUGGAGAGAUGGUGGAAUCGAUCUUUGGAGAACAGCUGGAAAGCGCGGCGGUGCCGGACACCAGAUUCCGUGCUAUGCUGUAAGAGAAAUACCAAAGUGGGAAAAAAAAAAAAGAGAGAGAAAAAUAAAAGGCUGGAUCGAGGCCCCCGCUUGGUUAAUGCUCUAACAUAGUAGUAAUGAUUGCGCUGGAUACACCCACCGGGGAAUGGAGAGAGAGAGAGAGAGAGAAAGACCUAAAACUAGCCAGGGGAAUAUUUCGUACUCUCUGUAUUUUUUUUUUUUUCUUGUUUUUUAUUUAUUGGUCGGGAUGUUUAUAUUUUUUUCUUGUUAUUCUGUCAUAUAUACCUACUCCAUAUGGUUCCUAUACUAUUUACCCCCCUAUGCGCGUGCGAUUUGAUUGAUUCCAUUUUGAUAGACGAGGCCGAGAAAUGUGCAGACUUAGUUUAUUCACUCC